AUGAGUCAACCAAGAAAAUGGCCUACCUCUCGCCUAGUAGUUCUACUCACUGUCACCUUGAUAUUGGGGAUAGCAGCUUCAGCAGUACUAUUAAUUUUCGUUUUUAUCCCUGGUGAAAAUGAGCAUUACUUGAUUGGCGUUGGUCGAGCCGACUGCACUGGCCCUGUAGCUGAAGUACCAUUUAUGGGCUACGGCAGUCUAGAUCAAACAGGUGCUGGUAUGAUCACACGACAGCAAUGCAGGACAUUCAUCGUGGCAGAGCCUCAGAAUCACACCAAAAGAGUGGUGUUUGUUACUGCUGAGAUAGGGAUGAUAUCUCAGAGGCUUAGGCUAGAGGUGAUAAAGCAACUGAAUCAAAAAUAUGGAGAUCUGUAUAGAUAUGACAACGUUGUAUUGAGUGGAACUCAUACUCAUUCAGGCCCUGGAGGAUAUUUUCAAUACACACUCUUUAUGGUAGCUGGUAGGGGGUUUAUCAAGCCAUCCUUUAAUGCCAUUGUCAAAGGGAUUAUAGAGAGUAUUGGUAUAGCUCAUGAAAACAUGAAGGAAGGGCACAUUUUUAUCAAUAAAGGUGUGCUGAAGAAUAACCAAAUCAACAGAAGCCCCUUUUCUUAUCUUGAAAAUCCAAAAUCUGAAAGAGACAGAUAUUCAACAAAUACAGACCAAGGGAUGGUGGUACUGAAGAUGACGGAUAUUGAAGGCCGAGACAUAGGGAUGUUUAGCUGGUUUGCAAUUCACCCUGUGAGCAUGAACAAUACUAACCAUCUUUCAAACAGUGACAAUGUUGGCUACGCAGCUUAUCUCUUGGAACAGGAGAAGAAUAAAGGAUAUUUAUCGCAUAAGGGACCAUACGUAGCCGCUUUUGGGUCAUCUAACUUGGGAGAUGUGUCUCCAAAUAUAAAGGGACCACACUGCAUAAACACCGGGGAGUCAUGUGAAAACCCCAACAGCUAUUGCCCAAUUGGUGGGGCCAAGAUGUGCAUAGCUUCAGGUCCUGGUAAGGACAUGCUUGAGAGCACAAAAAUUAUUGGAAGAAACCUCUAUCUUAAAGCAAAGGAACUGUCAACUGCGGCCUCUGAAAAGAUAUAUGGUCCCCUCAGUUUUGCUCACCAGUGGGUGGACAUGUCAAAUACUACUGUGCAGCUCAAUGCUACCCAUUCGGUAAAAACAUGUAAACCAGCCCUGGGGUACAGCUUUGCUGCUGGUACCAUGGAUGGACCAGGAAUGUUUAAUUUCACACAAGGGGCAAUACAUGGUGAUCCAUUCUGGGAUGCAGUUCGGGAUGGGUUGCUUACAAAACCAUCCAAAGAAAAUGUAGAGUGUCAUAAACCUAAGCCUAUCCUGCUUCCUACAGGAGAGCUGCAUAAACCUUACCCAUGGCAUCCAAGCAUUAUUGAUGUUCAAAUUGUUACCAUUGGAUCAUUGGCGAUAGUGGCCCUUCCAGGAGAGUUUACGACAAUGGCUGGACGGAGAGCCCGUGAAGCUGUUCAAAGUGAAUUUGAAGCUCAAGGGAAGGCGGGAAUGCAUGUUAUAUUGGCAGGUGUCUGCAAUGUUUAUACUCAUUAUAUAACAACUUUUGAAGAAUAUCAGUUUCAACGGUAUGAGGGAGCAUCCACUAUUUUUGGCCCACACACCCUGUCUGCUUAUAUCCAGACAUUCAGAGAACUAGUCAAGGCUCUGGUCAAGGGUACUGUUCAUGAAAUACCAAAGAAUCCAGAGCCUGACAUGUUCAACAUAAGCAUCGCAGACUUUUUAUUGCCUAUCAUUGAUACAAAACCUAGUGAUCAUAACUAUGGUGAUGUGCUGCAAGAUGUGGAGCCAGUAUAUAAAGUGGGAGAAGUUGCUAGUGCACAGUUUGUUGGCGCAAAUCCCAGGAAUUCUGUAGAAAACACAAGCGAAUUCACUUUCCUUACGGUGGAGAAAUAUGACAACGCUUCAGCACGUUGGCAUAUCCAGUAUAAUGAUGCCUCAUGGGACACUAAGUUCAUCUGGAAGAAAGGCAGCUGGGGACGAAGCACAUCUAUAGUAGAAUGGUACAUCCCAAACAAUGCAGAACCAGGAACAUACAGAUUAGGAUAUUUUGGUCACUACAAGAAAUUGUUGAGCUCUGUUCAUGCUUUCAGUGGCAGAUCUUCAACAUUUGAAGUUUCAAACCUGACAUUUGUAGAAUUUUAACUAUUGUCUUGAAGGCAGCAUUGUUCCAAUUUAAUUUUUAUGAUUAUCACAGUAUCA